GGAGAAGCUUUGCUCUGUUCUUGCUCUUUUGAUUUGGAAAUGAGGCCAGCUUCCCCGUGAGGUGUUUUGCUUGCUGUCCUGCAGGCAGUUUUAGGGGCCCUAGAAUUUUCUGGGAAUCAGAAUAUGUGCCCAUAGGUUAGUCAGCUAUGACCAUGCAGUAUUCCCAGCCUCCCUCCUCCCCCCUUCCCGGCCAUCUGCUUCCUCUGAAUAUACCAGAUUGGCUGUACACCAGGAUGUUCCGGGAAUCCCCAGGAGAGCAGCAGAAUGUGAUGAACCCAAAUACGAUGCCUCAGUAACUCAUUCCAGGAUGUACAAACUGUAACUGUCAGGACACUCCUUAUAGCUAAUUAAAAAUUUCCUACUUUCAGCUAUUUUCUAUUACCUCUAUUUUCAGUGACAUCCAAAAGGCCAAAAGAAUCCCUAUGGCACCACUUCCCCCCCCCCCUCCUGGUUUUUUUUUUGUUGUUGUUGUUGUUGUUGUCGUUACCAUUUAAAAAAAAAAAAACUAGCUUUUCUCAGUGCUUUAUUUGUGAUGCUAAAGUGGCAAACGUGACCCCUCUAGCACUUCAUAGCUCUAUCUAUGGUACUGAGGUGGCCAAAGAGGCUUUUCUGGUAGCCCACUGCUCUCUCCAUGGUACUGAACAAAUGACCAUAUGUUUUAACAUACAUCUCUGGGGUCUGGAAGAGUCUUGGACUUAGAACUAUGACACUUCUAAGCUGGAAAGGACCAACAGUAUAAAUUAGUGUAACCCCCUUAUUUUACAGAUGAGUAUCCUGAGAGGUUAAGGGAUUGAAGUUGCGGGGGCUGUUAAUGGGUAGACUGGGCUUACUACUUUCAUUCACCUUUCAUGAAACCUGGCUAGCUCUUGGCUCCAGGAAGGGAGUUUAUUUGGAGGCCAGAGGAUGAAAGGAUCCUUGAAUUUGGAGCUGCAGAAAUAUACAUAUCUUAGUGGAGGCAGUAUAGUGACCCUUACACAAGGACAUUUAAUUAAUGGUUAAAAAUACUCCCAAAGCCCAGAUUCUUAAUGUAACAGAUACUCUUCCCCUCAUGGAAUCUAACUACAUUGCUAAAUGUUCAAAAUUAGGCAGCUUUGAACCCCCAGAGCCUUUUCUUUGCUAAGAGGGCAGACCCCUUGCCCAGUUCUCUUCUAGUAGAGAUCUGUAAUCAAAGUAAUGCUUGAGUCCUUUUCUUUCUUAGUAACUCAUUUGGUUUCAUAAUGCCUGUUGUGGGUAGUUCUUUAUAUUUCAGAUAUCUUACACAGGCCAAGGUGUGCACUUGGAGUGGGGGAUAGGCCUACAUUCGUGCAGCCCUUGUACAGUUUGAGGGAAGGAAGGUACAUUGGAUGGCUUCUGUCACUCUCCCAGGCCUGUUUCCAUUCAUUUUAAUUUUGGGGUUGCUUCUUAGUCCAGAAGCUGACCUCUGCUGCUGCUUAGAAUUGGGACCCCCGCCCCCUAUCUUCUUCCUCUCAGUGUUCUUCCCUAGCUCUGGAGCUCUGCACAUCUCAGGCCUAGGGAAUUUUAGCUGGAGCAUUUAACCCCUUCCUGCUCAAAGUAUGUACUGAGCCCUAUCUGUGCAGAUGGCCCAGCCCCGCCCCCCGUCCCUCACUCCAGCCUCUUGAGCUCAGAGCCAGUGUAAUCCUCCUCUUGUGUGAGGAAGCCUCUCCCCUGCAGAGAGGAGGAAAGCCUGCUUCGGAACAGCUCUGGACAAAGGGGCUGAGAUGCCCCAUCAAACUGCAGGCUCUGAGGUUUGAAAUGGGAAAAAUCCUAGAGAGUAUUUGCAGUUUUUAACCCUUUGCUCAGGCUGGCAGUGCCCCUUAACUUCCACUCCUCCCCCAACUCUCUUCCUUCCCUCUUUGGCUGUCUCCCCCUCCAUACCCCUCCCCCUCUGUCUGUCUCCAGACUCUCUGCUGCUGGGAGGUGUUUCUCUCCCAUGCAUGAAUGAGUCUCUGUAAUGAAUGGAAAUGAAUGGAUCAGGAAUCCAGGCGGAGAGGGAGGGAGAGUGAGGGGGAAAGACCAAAAGGGUAAGGACAGAAACAAGGACAGUGGAACCUGGAAAGAUGUUUGGCUGGUUGGUCAGUUAAGGGUCUGAGAGUGACCGGUCUCACCUGGGCAACCGGGGAGCAUGGCAGCAAGCUCUCCUCAGUUGCUUAUCAAGGUGCACAGCUCCACCCACAUGGAAGAGGGGUACACUGUGAUACCGUACCCCCACUCUGGUGGUGGUAGUGUUCUGGACCAUGCAUUUAAAAUGUAUAAGGGGGAAGAAAUCUUGAUCAUCAGGAUAGGUUUUGGAGUUGGCAAAUCAAAGGGUGCUGUUUUUAAGGACAGAAACUCCCUUCAAAUAGGAAGAAGAGAAGUUUCAGGAAUACAGGGUGCUAAGAGUAUGGAACUUAGGGUGACUCUUACCCCUGAUGCAAAUCAGGGCUCAUCUCUCUUCCAACUCCCUCUCUUGCUUUUAGCUCCUCAGCACCUGUUGCCUUCACUAGCAGCUUUUCCUCCUCGUCCCUCGUCCCUGCACUCCCUAGAACCAAAGAAUGUGAAGGGGUCCAUGGAGGGCUCACGUCCCCGUGUCCCCUGCGGCCACUUAGCGCCGUCACCCCCUGCCUUCGACGGCGAACUGGAUUUGCAGCGCUACUCCAACGGGCCCGGCCUGAGCGCGGGGUCUCCCGGGAUGGGAGCGGUGGGCUGGUCUGAGAGCCGCGCAGGCGAUCGGCGCUUCCCUUGCCCUGUGUGCGGGAAGCGCUUCCGCUUCAACUCCAUCCUGGCCUUGCACCUGCGAGCGCACCCUGGUGCCCAGGCCUUCCAGUGCCCACACUGCGGCCACCGCGCGGCGCAGCGGGCUCUGCUGCGCUCACACCUGAGAACGCACCAGCCUGAGCGUCCCCGGAGCCCCGCGGCGCGCCUGUUGCUGGAGUUGGAGGAGCGCGCCCUACUGCGCGAGGCCCGACUGGGGCGCUCUCGAAGUUCGGGCGGCGGCAUGCAGGGCGCCCCCGCCGCUGAAGGCCUCGCCCGGCCUCAGGUCCCUUCGUCGUCUGCCUUCCGUUGCCCUUUCUGCAAAGGCAAGUUUCGUACCUCCGCGGAGCGUGAACGCCACCUGCACAUCCUGCACAGGCCCUGGAAGUGCGGCCUGUGCAGUUUUGGCUCCAGCCAGGAAGAGGAGCUGCUGCACCACAGCCUGACGGUACACGGGGCUGCUGAGCGCCCUCUGGCGGCUGCCUCCGCGGUGCCCCAGCCUCAGCCUCCCCCACAACCUGAACCCAGAUCAGUUCCUGGGCCGGAACCGGAGCCGCCUGAACGUGAGGCUACCCCUGCCCCGGCUCCUGCAGUUCCAGAGGAGCCCCCUGCGCCUCCGGAGUUCCGUUGCCAAGUGUGUGGCCAGAGCUUUACACAGUCCUGGUUUCUCAAGGGCCACAUGCGCAAGCACAAGGCAUCCUUCGAUCACGCGUGUCCUGUGUGUGGUCGCUGCUUCAAGGAGCCCUGGUUCCUUAAGAACCACAUGAAGGUGCACGCCAGCAAGCUGGGCCCUCUGCGUACCCCGGGGCCUGGCUCAGCGCCUGCGCGGGCCCCCCAGCCUCCUGAUCUGGGCCUGCUGGCCUAUGAGCCACUGGGUCCUGCACUCCUCUUGGGCCCGACGUCCACUGCAGCUGAGCGCCGUGAGCCCCCCAGCCUCUUGGGCUACCUGAGCCUCCGAGCUGGCGAAGCCAGGCCCAAUGGUGAGGGUGCUGAGCCUGGGGCUGGCCGUGGCUUCGGGGGAUUCCGUCCACUGUCGUCCAGUCUCCCAGCCCGGGCUCGCCGACACCGCACAGAGGAGCCAGAGGAAGAGGAGGAGGCAGCUGCAGUGGAGGCUGAGGAGGAGAGCUGGACCCGGGGCAGGUCACUGGGCCCUCUGGCUCCCCUGCACCCGCGCCCCAGUGAGGGCACAGGGCACUCCACACCUGCUGUUGCUGCCCAGGCAAGAUCGACAGCCACGCAGGAAGAAAAUGGUCUGUUGGUUGGAGGGACCCGACCUGAAGGGAGCCGGGGUGCCACUGGCAAGGAUUGUCCUUUCUGUGGAAAAUCUUUCCGCUCAGCGCAUCACCUCAAAGUACACCUUCGAGUGCACACAGGUGAGCGCCCCUACAAGUGUCCACAUUGCGACUACGCAGGCACCCAGUCCGGCUCACUUAAGUAUCACCUGCAGCGUCACCACCGUGAGCAGAGGAGCAGUGCAGGCCCAGGGCCGCCCCCUGAGCCGCCACCCCCUUCCCAGCGGGGUUCAGCCCCGCUGUCUGGAGCUAAGCCAGCUCAGCAGCCUUCUACCUGGGUGGAGGGGACCGCAAGCCCACGAGCCACCGGCAGUACUGCUCCAGGCUCCCGUCGGAAGCCCGCCAGCCCUGGGAGGACCCUGCGCAAUGGGCGAGGUGGUGAGGCUGAACCCCUGGACCUGUCCCUGCGGGCAGGCCCGGGAGGUGAGGCUGGGCCAGGGGGUGCCCUCCACCGCUGCCUUUUCUGUCCUUUUGCCACUGGAGCCCCUGAGCUCAUGGCUUUGCACCUGCAAGUGCACCACAGCCGCCGGGCCCGGGGUCGCCGGCAGCCCCAGGCUGAUGCAUCUCCCCCCUAUACCCGAGUACCAUCAGGAGAGACCCCUCCCAGUCCUGCUCUGGAAGGCGAGGAGGGCCCUGGGCUAAGAUCCGGAGAGGCAGGCCUGGGGGGUCAGGAGCGGUAGGGAACCCUCUUAGGGGUGAUUAGCUUAGUGAGCUUUCCCUGCAGGAGCAGGGAAGCGCUAGAGGUAGUUGGGUAGAGCAGCCAGCAGGGGCAGCGUGGGACCCACAUCCCAGCCCCAGGCCGACCAGAGGUGGAGGGGCAGCAGGCGAAGGAGGGUGGGCAGGCGGUACCCACCCAGCCCAUGGGAGUCACAGUGCCUUAGAAGUGGCAGAGGUGAGGGUCAAAGAACGGGGUCCCAGGGCUGGCAGAGAGGGUUGUGUCCCUGUUGAGGAACCACUCUGCCAGUUUUUGCUGGUCCAUAGGCCUGAGAGUUUAUUUUUGUACAAGGGGGUGGGGGUGGGGGGCACUGUACCCUUCUAGCCCCAUCAGGGGCCCUGUAGACGUUGCUAUUUUUGGUACGAUUCCUGUCAUCCCUGUCACAGAGUCGUGUCCCCAAUAAACAGGUGUCUUGAGGCACAGG